GACCUCACCUACAGUGUAACUGCCACGAGCACGCCGGACCAGAGCAAUGGGUCUGCUCUCAGAGCUGAAGCUGGCUGUGCCCUGGGGUCACAUUGCUGCCAAAGCCUGGGGCUCACUGCAGGGCUCCCCAGUUCUCUGCCUGCACGGCUGGCUGGACAAUGCCAACUCCUUCAACAGACUCAUUCCUCUUCUCCCACAAGACUUUCAUUAUGUUGCCAUAGAUUUUGGGGGUCAUGGGCUCUCGUCCCAUUAUGGCCCAGGUUUCCCAUAUUACCACCAAAACUUUGUGAGUGAGGUCCGAAGAGUCGCCGCAGCCAUGAGAUGGAGUCGCUUUUCCCUCAUGGGCCACAGUUUCGGUGGCACUGUGGCUGGAACGUUUUCCUGUAUCUUCCCUGAGAUGGUGGAUAAACUCAUCUUGCUGGAGUCGUCGCCAUUUGCUGUGGACUGUAAUGAAAUGGAGAACCUUCUGACCUACAAGAGGAAAGCCAUCGAGCACGUACUGCAGAUGGAGGCCUCCCAGAAGCCCCCGAGCGUGGUCAGCCCGGAGGAGAUGCUGCAGGGGUUCCUGAAGAACAACAGUCAUGUGAGUGAAGAGUGUGGGGCGCUGCUCCUGCAGAGAGGAACCACAAAGGUGGCCACAGGUCUGGUGCUGAACAGAGACCGGAGGAUCGCCUGGCCGGAGCACUGCUUUGAUUUCAUCAGCAGGGAGCUGUACAUACACUCCAUCAAGAAGCUGCAGGCCCCCGUCCUGCUCAUCAAAGCAACCCAAGGAUUUUAUGAUGUGAGAAGAGAGAAUGAUGCCAACAAGGAGCCCUUGCUCUUCAUGAUUGACAUGCUAAAAUCUGUCCUGAAAAAGCGGUUCCAGUAUGUUGAAGUCCCAGGUAAUCACUACGUCCACAUGAACGAGCCCCACUGUGUGGCCAGCAUCAUCAGCUCCUUUCUGCAGAGCAAACACCAGGCCCCAGCACAUCUAUAGCCUGUACUCACCAGACUGGCCACCAGGACUGAGCUCCUACCAAGCCCAGGCAAGGUGGGGGACAGGCAUCAGUGGUCUUGAAGCCCAAUGUCGGCUGGUGGUUAAGGGGAAGGGAGCAAGCUUCUGACUCUAAUAGCCGGGACGGGCCACCCAGGCCCUUUCCUGCUGCCUGACUGUAAAGUAAACACUGCUGUGCCCUUGUU